UGGAAGCGUGACGGCGACGACUCAGCUCGGCAAUCUCAACGAGUAUGCCCUAUGUGCGGAGUAGACAACGCCGAUCGGAGUCCGGGUCCAAGUCAGUCCAGUUUUGAGCACGAACACGGUCGCAAUGUCUCCGGAGCGCUUCGCAAUUCCAACAGUAAUCGCAGCAGGCGCCCUGCUUUUUUCGAUGCUGGCUCAGGUGAGCGGCUACUCGGGCCUGAUUCCACCGGAUGCAGAUAAUCCCGGCAAGUGCGUUUACCGCGGCGACGUCCUGGAGUUGGGUGUCAACAAUGGCAUUUCGCCCUGCCAGCGGCUAACGUGCAACGCGGAUGGCUCAAUACUUAUCGAGGGAUGCGGAAAGCUGCGCAUCGAGAACUGCAAUCAUGGCGAGCGCAUCCUGCCCAGCGAACCCUUCCCGGAGUGCUGCAAACUGCGGUACAAGUGCAAGCAGGUCGGAGCGGCGCCCUACUACAUCGAGCGGAAUACAUUCGAGAAGGUCUAGGAGG